UGCAUCAAAACCUCCAAAAGAAAGAAUCUUUUUCAUUCUGUUCUUGUCUUCUAGAUAUUAUUUACUCCACCGCUGCAUAUUUUACUUCUGGGUUUUCUCUGGAUCCAUGAAAGCACCUUUUUUUAUGCUCAUAUGAGUAUGAUUCAAAAUGGGUUUACUUUUUUUAAAGACUGGUUCUUAGUUUGAGCUGGUUUUCGAGGUGUACUGGGAAAUUAUUGCACCCACUUCAGAGAAGAAAGUGGUCUGUUUGUGUUGCUGUAUGUGUUAUGGGAUUUUGUUGCUGCUUUUCUUGUAAAUGAAGAACCCAAAAUUAGAGUGAGAAUUUUUUGGUUUUGCUCUGGUUGGAUGGUGGUGGGUAUAUAGUUCUUUUUGGUCUUAGAUAUCUUGGGAAUGGCUUCUGGUCUGCACAGUCAAGAGAGAGUUCCGGAGAACUUGAAGAAGCACCUUGCUUUUGCUGCGAGAAGCAUCCAGUGGAGUUAUGCAAUAUUCUGGUCCAUUUCAGCUAGAAAACCAGGGGUUUUGGAGUGGAGAGAAGGUUACUACAAUGGAGAUAUUAAGACAAGGAAAACAAUUCAAGCAGUAGAGCUCAAUGCUGACCGACUGGGUUUGCAGAGGAGUGAGCAAUUGAGAGAACUUUAUGAGUCCCUUUCCGCUGGUGACAGUAAUCCACAAGCUAGAAGACCUUCUGCAGCACUGUCUCCUGAAGAUCUCACAGAUACUGAGUGGUAUUACUUAGUGUGCAUGUCAUUUGUGUUCGACAUUGGGCAAGGGUUACCAGGAAGAACAUUAGCCAAUGGUCAACCACUCUGGCUUUGCAAUGCUCAUAAUGCAGAUAGUAAAGUGUUCAGUCGCUCUCUGCUAGCGAAGAGUGCAUCCAUUCAGACUGUUGUAUCCUUUCCAUUUUUAGGAGGUGUGAUCGAGCUGGGUGUAACUGAACUGGUGUUGGAGGACCUUGGCCUCAUUAAGCAUGUCAAGACAUCAUUCUUAGAUAUUCCAUGCCAUGUUAUAAUGAACAAAUCCAAUAUUGGUGUUGGGAGUACAGCAAAUGACAAUAAUAUUGCCCAUAUUGCACUUGAUACCAAAUUUAGUCCACUUGUGAGCUGUGAACAACUUGAAAUGGCUUCCAACAGUAACAGUUCAGAUGAAUUUGAGCCUCACCAACUGGAAGGAGUUUCCCUUAUUGUUGAUCGUGGAAUGAAUUAUGCACCUUCUCAGGCACAAAGCUGGCAAUUCAUGGAAGAAGAUUUCAGCAAUUGUGUCCAUCAUUCCUUGAAUUCUAGUGAUUGUAUAUCUCAAACCUUUGUGGAUGAUGGAAAGGUGGUUGUUCCUCCCAAGUCUGACAGAGAACACGAGAAUUGUCUGCAAGCAGUUCAAGAGAACAAUCAGACAAAACUAACUAGUUUAGAUCUUCAAAACAAUGAUCUGCACUAUCAAAAUGUUCUGUCAUCCCUCUUUAAGGCCUCACAUCAGCUGAUUCUGGGGCCACAUUUCCAGAACUGUAAUAAGGAAUCUAGCUUUGCAAGCUGGAAGAAAGGUGUACUGGUAAAGUCUCUGAAACCGAGAGAUAGAACCCCACAGAAGAUAUUGAAGAAGAUUUUGUUUGAAGUUCCUCGGAUGCAUGAUCAUGAGUUGGUUGAAUCUCCUGUAAGUAAUGCUGUUAAAGAUGCAGCUUGGAGGCCUGAGGUUGAUGAACUUGGCAUGAACCAUUUAUUGCUAGAGAGUAGGCAGAGGGAGAGAAUAAAUGACCAGUUCAUUAUUCUCAAAUCACUAGUACCUUCAAUCAGCAAGGCUGACCAAGUAUCUAUACUAGAUGACACAAUAGAAUACCUACAAGAGCUGGAGAAAAAGGUGGAAGAACUGGAAUCAUUCAGAGACUUAUCAGAGUCAGAAGCAAGAAUGAAAAGAAAAUCUCAGGAUAGCGUGGAGAGAACAUCUGAUAACUACGGUGAUAAUAGAAUCAGUAAUGGGAAGAAGCCUUCAAUAAACAAAAGGAAGGCUUGUACUAUUGACGAAGUUGAACUAGAGAUGGACAAUGUUGCUAUGAAACAUGGUUCAACCGAUGACAUUAUUGUCAGUGUGAACAAUAUCGAUGUUGUAAUCAAGAUUAAGUGUCCUUGGAAGGAAGGAAUAUUGUUUGAGAUGAUGGAUGCAGUGAGUCAUCUUCAUUUAGAUUGCCACUCAGUUCAGUCAUUUACAGAUGAAGGGAUUCUCUCCAUCACUAUAAAAUCCAAGUACAAAGGAUCAAAUGUUGCAUCAGAAGGGAUGAUAAAGCAAGCACUACAAAGAAUUGCUUGGAAAUGUUGAAAAAUUAUGACUGAUUCACUAGCUAGUAUUUGAUUCAGUUGUAUAAACCUCCUAGAUAGUUUCUGUUGCCUUUAGCAGAAAAAUUGAACCAUGCACCCCUGAAAUUGUGUAGUCUUGUCAAUAAUGUGGUGGUAAUUCA